AUGGCCCGCGAAGUAGAAUCGGAGGAUGAAUUGGAAGAUGGGUUUGAACCCAAAUCGAGCCAUGAGUCCGUACUAGUUUCUAAAGGUCCCGAAGAGCAUAACCUUGACCACUACGGAGACAACGAUGUCUGGCUCGCCAAGACCAUUUACUUGAUAUACAACGUGACGAAUCCAAAAUACCUAGAACUCGCGAAGUUGGAGUUCAACAGGCUGCAAGCAAUAUACGAAAAGGAGAUUGGCUCCAUUGUAGAAUGGUGGAAUAGCUGUGGACUGGAAGCCACCUCUCUGUCUCCGGAGCAGCUUCACUUUGCCAUUGCUUCUACUCUGCCUGAGCCGGAGUUUGCGAGGAGCAGAAUUGCCUACACCAAAUCGAACUCCAUCGAAAACGUUCUCGUAGAUCUGUUUUACAAACAUGAAUCCACUGAGGACUUGAAGAAUCUGUGCCGAGCAGUCGAAGAGUGGAAUCCCUCGCUGGCUCUUUCACUUCCAUCUCAGUUGAAAACAACAUUCAAUGUUUUGUACGAGACUCUGAAUGAAUUAGCAGGGGAAGCCAGUAAAGUCCAAGGGAAGGAUGUGUUCCCCUACUUCCAUGAACUCAGGAAGAAGCAAAUGGAGAUGUACAUGAAACUCAGGGAGAGUAAAUUGGGAGGACAAAGCGGGGAGUACUCAUUGAAGGACUACAUCGAGCAUGGUAAAACCGAACUGGGCGUGGCCGUCAGAUUGCUACCUUCCGUGUUUCUGAUGGGAGAGCGUCUCAGGGAUCUGGAUCUGCUUUGCUUGAACGAGAAAUCCAGGAUCCAGGAGAAGCUCUCGGUGUUCUUGAGACUCUACGUCGAUCUCCAAAUGCACAAGAACUCGCUGGCGCAGGGUGGGAUGAACGCGGUGGCGGUGAGCAUGGAGGAGGGGAAGCGGAGGGUGGAGGAAGCGUUGGGCGACGUGGAGGCGCAGAUGGAGGAGGCGUUCGACGAGUUGGUGCACGAGAGCAAGCCGAGCUUGGUGCCUCGCAGUUGCCGGAGACUGAUGUUCGAGCACGCUCGGAUCACGCAGUUCUUCCUGCAGGACGACUUCACUUCGCCGGCGCACCGGCGGAAGAUUGCGGACGCCAUCGAGCGGUUCCGCACGCCUGUUCCGAUCGACAGUACGGCGUGAAACGGAGAGAAAAUU